CGAGGGGCGGGUCCCAGCCAGAUGGGGCGGAGCUUGUGAGAGCGCGUUUGGGGCCUUCCGGGCUCCCGUAGGGGAGCGCCGGCCGUGGCGGCGCCACGUCCCCUGCGGCGGCUGGAGAAAGAUCGGUUGGGCCUCGGGGCGGCUCCGGGCGGCCAUGGCCUUUACGUUGUACUCGCUGCUGCAGGCGGCCCUGCUCUGCGUCAACGCCAUCGCGGUGCUGCACGAGGAGCGCUUCCUCAAGAACAAUUUAAUGCAGUGUCUAUCACAAUCCCAGUUGACUUUUUGCAGAAACUGUUUUCCAGAAGUGAAGUUCAGCAGUGUCUUCUCCAGAUUUCUGCAGUUGGCUGGGGAGCAGACCAGGGAAUUGGUGGAUUCGGAGAGGAGCCAGGAAUUAAAUCUCAGCUAAUGAACCUUAUUCGAUCUGUAAGAACUGUGAUGAGAGUGCCCUUGAUAAUAAU